GUUGUCACGAUGCAUAAAUCCCACAAGUCCAGAGGCAAAACUUUUAAGGUCUACAGUCCAGUCGUUGUGACGCAAAUCAGGUCUGGGUAUCUGUACAAGUCUCCUCCCUCCAAAAGAUUUAAGUCAGAGAAAUCGUGGAAGAACCGGUACUUUGUGCUGUUCAAGGUCAGCAGCAAUGAACAUCAGCUGAAGUACUUCAAGAGUGCAGAUGAAAAGGAGAAGCCACUCGGAGAGAUAGACUUGGAACAGAUCUCACUGUUGAACGUGAACCCUGUGCAGCACCAGAGAUGGGAAUGGAUCCAGAAGAACUUCAUGUGCUCCCCAUCCUGCGUGCUCUACAUCAGCGCUGCUGGACGGGACUACUUCCUGGUCGGGGGCAACAGUGACGAAGUGGACGGCUGGUUCUUUGACCUGUAUGACGCCCUGAAAAACCGGCCACAUAAAUUCGGUCCCGAGGUCAGGCAUAAUGGGCAGCAAACAGCUGAGGUCAUUUCAAAACCACUUGUGCAGAAAUACAAUGCAGCCAUUGUGUUUGAAAAGGUCGAGGAACAAGGUUCGACCUGUGCCGAAACUGAAGACACUCUAUAUGAAACGAUGAAUAAACUAAGUCACGAUGAGGACCGUGAAGUUGAAGAGGUCACGUACAGGAGCGUCAUGUCUCUCACUAAGCACUUUGAAAAACUGAAGAUGCCACCGCCUCUAUUCAGGGAGGAGACAGAAAGUGACGACAGAGAUGACACUCAUCCUUCAGAUGUCAGCAGCAGCAGCUCCAGCGAGAACGGGGACAUCUCCCUUGGAGAGAUGCUGGAGGGUCGUAAUGUGUCCUCGCUGGAGAAGCAAAGCUCCACACAGAGUCUUGACCACAUCAUCCCAGAGGAAAUAGAUAUUGAGAUCAAGCAGGCACAUUUGAAAAAGCACCUGACACUAACAGAGGUGGACGGGAAACCAGGUGUGUCUGGGUGGACAGGCCAGCCAGUGUGUCUGUUCCACAGAGGAGACCAAGUCCUGGCAAUUAACGACCUGCAGAUCGGCAGCGUGACGGAGUUCAGCACGUACAUCAGCAAGUCGCUGAAGAACGAGGUGAAACUCACCAUCCUGCGUCUACCUGGAUGUCUGCCUCUGCAUUCCCCAACCUGCCUCUGCAGCCGCUGACAGAAAACUGACCAGUGGAGAUGGAUCAACUUCUACUCUUGCGUCUGGGUGUGUUGAAGUGACUCCUUGAGGCGCCUGCUGCCCACAGCUGGGUUUGUAAUGCUGUAAAUCACAGUAUUUUUCCAGGGUUGUUGUCAUUACCUCUUUAACUGUCCUCCCUGCUAGUUAAUGACCUUAAAAUUCUAGAAGAGCCUUAAGUGAAAAAUGUUUAUCUUGCCAGUGUCACACACAAUGGACCUGCAGUUUGAUUGUGUGUAUCUGCUGUGCAAAGACCAUCAGUGCACUACAAGUUAAAUACUGUCAAAUCUGUUUACACUCUUUUGUUAUAUGAUAAAUACUGUACAUAUAGUA